AUGUCGGGCUGGGGCUGGGGCUCGGGCUCGGCGGCGGCCUGGGCCUUUCCCGCUGGGGGCUGCGGGCCUGUGUCGGCGGGGGAAGGGGCGGAGGAGCGGCGGGGCCUCGGCAGCGGCCGGGACUGGGCACCCGCCUCGGGGGGCUGCGGCUGGGCUCCGGCGGGCAGGGAGCGGGCAGCCGGCGGAGGCAGCGAGACGCGCACGUAUUUGCUCGCUAUUCGCCCAAUCUCGGCGGCGGCACCCGGUCGGGGGAAAGGGGUGGGGAGGAGGGACCGGCCGGGGGUGGCGGCUUCCCCGGGGGCCGGAGGGGAGGGGACCGGGAGGAGGGGAGGGGGGGGGGGGGAACGGGAGACCAGGAGUCAGGGCCCGGCGGCUGCGCCCGGCGCUUCCCCCUCCCCCGGCGAGGUGUCCCCGGCGCUGCGAAGUCGGGGAGGCGCCGCGGGGCCCCUCCUCUGCCCUCCCGCCCCCCCCAGCGCCCCGGCACAGCCGCUGGCCGACGCCCGGCUCGCUGCUCCCGGCCCGCGGGCCGCCCCCGUUGCCUGUGCCCCGGCGCGCUGGUGCCGCUCCGCCGCCGCCAGCGCUCUCUGUCUCAAAAUGGCGGCUGCGGCCGCCGCCGCCACCUGCGCGCAGCCCGGGCAGCGCCGCCGCGGCCGCCGAGGGUCCUCGCUGCCCGCCGGCCCGAGGCGCCGGGCCCCUCCCGGCCGCCGCGGGGGAGACCCGCUCCUCCCGCCGGCCCGGCGCGGAGGCCCGGGGCCGCGCCCUACGCCCGCGCCUUGCGGGAGCCCGGGCCCGCCCGCGUCUCCGCGGGGGAGCCUCUCGCCGCGCAGCCCGCCGCCGCCCAACGCACCCCCCCCCCCUCCCACCCCGCCGCCGCUACGCGCCCUCUCGCGGCCGAGGGCGGCGGCCCCCGCGGCGGGGCCCGGCCGGGGCCCUGGGGGCGGCGGGCUGCGGGCCGCCCCCGGGCAGCUCAGGCCCCCGCGGAGGCUCGGUGGAGGCGCCGGGUUCCGUCUGGGCCCCGGGGGCUUCCGUGCCCGCUGCGGGCACGUCUCGCCCCUUGCGCGCAGGCCCGCGUGUGUGUGGCCGGGUGCGGGGCUCGUGGCGGGCUCGGGGCCUGGCAGGCCCUUCCCGGCGCUGCGCUCCGGCCUUGGAGCCGGGGCGCGGCCAGGCGGGAGGCGGUUGCUUGCGGUGGCCGUGGCUGAGGUGGGUCCUGCUCGGGGCUCGGCCCGUCCCCUGGCGGGGCACCCCGCUGCCCUACGUCCCUGGGCUGCCGCGCUUGUAGGGCAUGAGCUGGCAGAUGCAGGACGUCUUUGCGUGAUGUGUGGAAAGAGAGAAAUCUUCUGUAAACAAGAUUGUUCCUCGCCUGGAUGCCGCUAUUCUUCGUGA